AUGAGCACCAUAGACGAGCAGGCGCCUGUCGCCGAUACCAAAGUCGCCAGUACGCUGGUUGCCGAAGACACUGCCAUCACUGUCAAGAAGGAUGAAAAGAAGCCUGAACAGACAGAGCGGCCACCUUUCUCGAAUUACUGGCGAAUACUGUCCUUCCGCACGAGAAGAGAUGGAGUUGCGCUGUGUAUUAGUUGUCUGUGUGCCGUUGGAUCAGGCACGGCACUCCCACUCAUGAACAUCGUCUUUGGAGAUCUGGUCAAAGAUUUCAACGGCUAUUUCUUACCGAAUUCGACGGUGACCGAGGGUCAAUUCAAAUCAGCCAUCAACAAGAACUCCCUAUACCUUGUCUAUUUGUUCAUUGGCAGGUUUGUGUUGACAUAUAUCUCGACGUUCUGUUUCCGCAUCACCGGCCUACGUAUCUCUGCCAGACUGCGACUUUCCUACCUCCAGUCGCUCUUCGCCCAGCCUAUCAAGAAGCUCGAUGAAGUCUCGGCCGGCACCGUCGCCAACACCAUCACAGCUUCGUCCAAUGUCAUCCAAGUCAGUAUCUCGGAUAAACUCCACUCUCUGUUCAUGGCUGUGGCUUUGAUUAUUGCAGCCUAUGCCAUUGCUUUUCGAUACUCGCCACUUCUCACGCUCGUCGCAAGCUCCUCCAUGGUCUUCGUCGUCAUCGUCUACAGCAUUACAACCCCUUUCUUGAUUAAGAAAGUGGCCGAGGUCGAAAAGGCGGAUGCAAAAGCUGCUUCAAUAGCCGGGGAGGUCUUUAGUUCCAUUCGCGCCGUUUUCGCGCUGGGCGCAGAAAAGACCCUGACCAAGAGAUACGAUGCAGCCGUCGACGAGUCGCAAAGGUGCGGGCUCGCCACGUCACCGCUGUUUGGCCUUCAGGUAGCCCCUGGCUUUUUCGCCAUGUACGCGAGCUUUGCGCUGUCUUUCUGGUUCGGACUCAAGCAAUUUCGGGAAGGCCAUAUUGACAACAUUGGCACUGUCGUCACGGUGUUCUUUUCGGUCAUGAUCGUAAUGGCUCUGUUGGGAGUCCUAGCCACGCCUAUCAUGGCUAUCACGAAGGCAAUCGGCUCCUCGACCGAGUUCUUCUCCAUGAUUGAUGCUCCAAGAGUCUCGUACGAGGGUGUUGCUGAACCCGACGUGUCGGCACACAACGACAUCGAGUUCGACAACGUCAACUUUGCCUACCCUAGUCGUCCCAAAGUCCAGGUCUUGAAAGGAUUCAAUGCUCUAUUUAGGAAGGGUAAGACAACUGCAUUGGUAGGCCCUUCAGGAUCGGGAAAGAGCACUAUUGUGGCUUUGCUGGAACGUUGGUAUGAGCUGGAUGGAGAUGAUCUUGACAAGGACGAAGCCACACCUGCCGCCGAGACGACGGAGAAGGACGAGGAGCGACCGCCCAAAAACGAGGGCCUGAUCUCGAUUGGUGGCCAAGAUAUCAAGGGCACCAGCCUGAAGUGGUGGAGAUCACAGAUCGGCCUGGUCCAACAAGAACCGUUCUUGUUCAACGACACCGUCUUCAAGAACGUUGCGUGCGGGCUGAAUGGGACGGCGUGGGAGAAGGAUGACGAUGCAGCCAAGCAGAAGAGAGUCGAGAAGGCCUGUCAAGAAGCCUUUGCGGACGAAUUCAUCCGUCAACUCCCAGACGGCUAUCAAACACGAGUCGGGGAGAGCGGUAUCAAGUUGAGUGGCGGACAACGGCAGCGCCUUGCCAUCGCCCGCAGCAUCAUCCGCGAGCCUGCGAUCUUGAUCCUGGACGAGGCCACGAGUUCGAUCGACGUGCGCGGCGAGCGGAUCGUGCAGAAAGCCCUGGACCAGGUUUCCAAGAAUCGGACGACGAUCGUGAUUGCUCACCGCCUCUCCACUAUCCGCAAGGCCGACAACAUCAUCGUCAUGCGCGACGGACGGAAGAUGGAGGAGGGUACACACCACGACCUCCUCGCGAUCCCCGACGGAAUCUACGCGGGUCUCGUGCACGCACAACAGCUCGAGGCCGAGACAGCCCCUCCGACAAACGAAGCCAUUGAGGCAUCCGAAAUGGAACAGCUCGAGAGGAAGGACACGGCUGCCUCGGCCAAGCCGCAGGAAGAGAGCAUUGCAGGCUACAAAAACAGGGGCUUCGUCAUGUCCGUCGGCCGAAUCUUGUACGAGCAGCAAAAAUAUUGGGGUAUUUAUGUUUUGGUUGUGAUUUCAGCCAUGGGGGCAGGCUCGGCCUUCUCACUUCAAAGCUGGAUCUUCGCCCAGCUGAUGGAGGUCUUUACCUUUACGGGCCAAAAGUUGAAGGACAGAGGCGACUUUUGGUCCUUGAUGUUCUUCAUCCUCGCUUUGGGAAUGCUAGUGGCCUAUGCCACCCUUGGGUUUUUCUCCACCCAUAUCUCCGUGCUUGUGUCGUCCGUCUAUCGGCGCGAACACUUUGCAAAUCUCCUCCGGAAUCCUGUCUCGUACUUCGACGCUGAAGGCAAUGCCUCGGGAUCACUCAUGGCCCGUCUGGCCACCGACUUCAAGCUCCUCGCCGAGGUGUUCGGCCUAAACGGCGCUUUCCCCUUGGUGUCCUUGUUCAACAUGGCCGGCUGUGUCAUUAUCUCCUUCUACUUUGGCUGGAAGUUGACCUUGGUGACGUUCUUCUCGGCCAUGCCCGUCGUCAUAGUCGCCGCCUUUAUCCGGGUCAAAUACGAGGUGCAGUUCGAGGAGUGGAACGCAAAGGUCUUUGCGCACAGCUCGCAAUUUGCGACGGAAGCGGUUGGCGCCUUUCGGACCGUGACCUCGCUGACCAUGGAAGACUCGAUCCUCAACAAAUACUCUGAUCUCCUGCAGGAGCAGAUUCGAGACGCGACUCGCCGAGCGACCCAUGGCUGUAUUGUCUUUGCCCUGUCGGACAGCAUCGAGCUCUGUGCCAUGGCCUUGACUUUCUGGUACGGCGGACAGCUUUUGGCUUCGCGCGAAUAUAACAUUAUCCAGUUCUUCCUCAUCUACUCGGCAAUUGUGCAAGGCGCACAGGGGACUGGCCAGUUCUUGAGUAUCUCGCCCAACGUUGCGAAAGCCACCGGGGCAGCCAACCGUAUUCUGGGGUCUCGAUAUAUCGGGGACAAAGAUGCGAAAAUGUAUGGCGUGGGGACACCGCUGCCACCGAGCGAAAAGAGGACAGGAGCCAGAGUCGAGUUCAAGGACGUCGGCUUCAAGUACCCGACCCGGGAAACCCCCAUCUACCGCAACCUCAAUCUGUCGAUCGAGAGCGGGCAGUUCGUGGCCUUUGUAGGUCCCUCAGGCUGUGGUAAGACCACAGUGAUCUCGCUACUGGAGCGAUUUUACGAGCCCGUCUCGGGCACCGUCACCUUCAACGACCGCAACCUCAGAGAUAUUGAGAUGGUGUCGUACCGCCGCGCCCUGUCGCUGGUGGCGCAAGAACCCAAGCUCUUUGACGGCACGAUCCGCGAGAACCUGGUGCUGGGCCUCGAGGGCGAAGAGGUCGCGGAAGAAGACAUCGUGCGCGCCUGCAAGGACGCCGAGAUCUACGACUUCAUCAUCUCGCUGCCCGAAGGCUUCGGCACGCCGCUGGGGAUCAAUACGCAGACGUCGCUGAGCGGCGGGCAGAAGCAGCGGCUGUGUCUGGCGCGUGCGCUGCUGCGGAAGCCGUCGCUGUUGCUUCUCGACGAAGCCACGUCCAGCCUCGACUCGCAGUCCGAGAAGCUCGUGCAGAGCGCGAUCGAGCGGCUGGUGGGGCAGCGCAGCAUGACUGUCAUCGCAGUGGCGCACCGUCUGGCCACGGUGCAAAAAGCCGAUGUGAUUUUUGUGUUUGGCGAGAGCGAAGCCGGCCGGGGCUCGAGGAUCUUGGAACGCGGGACGCACAAGGAGCUGUUGAGCCGGCGGGGCGCGUACUGGCAGAUGAGGUUUAUGAUUUGCUAA